AUGGUGGAAGAGCAGCUAAUUAGGCUGAUCGCGUCCAGGUGUCAAAGUUUUCCAUGGAGAUGCAAUAUCUUCCAUUUUGACAUAUUCUACAGAAGAGUUGUCUUUUCUUUCUACUUUCAGGGUGAUGUGAUGGAGGAGAAGGGGUGGGAAAGUGGGUGGUGUGAAAUUCCAAGAGAGAUGGCGUCUCUCUACUCUGCAAACUUGUUAUUUCCUUCUCUUCUUUUUUCUUCAUCUUCUUCUUCAUCCGUUGUUACUCCACUAGCUUACCGGCCCUACGAUGCGUCGCCGGCGAAGAUUAAUCGACGCCUUUCUUCUUCUUUUUCUUCUGCUGCGCUGCCAUUCGAUCUUUCUCCUCCUCCCAUCGACCACGACCUCCUCGAUACUAUGACAAUUGCUGGGGCAAAGGUAUCAGAAGAUGGGGUAAUAGGAACAUUCGAUAAUGACGAGGAGGCAUUAGAUGCUGUUGAGAAUGGUGUCGCGGUUGUGGAUCUUUCACACUAUGGCAGGAUAAGAGUUAGUGGAGAAGACAGGGUUCAGUUUCUUCACAACCAAAGUACUGCUAACUUUGAAAUUCUUCAUGAGGGGCAGGGAUGUGACACUGUUUUUGUGACACCAACUGCUAGAACCAUCGAUAUUGCCCAUGCCUGGGUUAUGAAAACGGCAAUCACAUUGGUGGUCUCUCCAGUGACCAGGGAAAUAAUAACUCAUAUGCUUAAGAAGUACAUAUUCUUUGCAGACAAAGUUGAAAUUCAAGAUAUUACCGAGCAAACGUCCUUGUUCGUACUAGUAGGGCCUACAAGUAACAAAAUAAUGGAGGCUCUGAGUCUUGCUGACAUAGUUGGACAACCAUAUGGAUCGCAUAAGCAUUACAAUGUAAAUGGAAUGCCAAUAACUGUGGGAGUGGGAAAUAUCAUCUCUGAAGAAGGUUAUUCACUACUGAUGUCUCCAGCUGCUGCUGAAUCGGUCUGGAAAGCUGUUAUAGGUCAUGGUGCUAUCCCAAUGGGUUCUAAUGCAUGGGAAACUUUAAGGAUUCUUCAAGGAAGACCAGCUCCUGGUAAAGAGCUCACAGACGAGUUUAAUGUUCUGGAGGCUAAUCUGUGGAAUGCUGUUUCUCUGAAUAAAGGGUGCUAUAAGGGUCAAGAAACCAUUUCUAGACUUGUAACUUACGAUGGCAUCAAGCAGAGACUAUGGGGAAUACGUGUCUCAUCGCCUGUGGAACCUGGUAGCACUAUCUCAGUCAAUGGGAAAAAGGUUGGCAAGGUGACAAGUUUCACAACUGGUAAACGAGCAUCUCAAUCCCUUGGACUUGGCUAUAUUAAGAGGAAAGCUGCUUCUGAGGGAGACAGUGUAAUUAUUGGUGAUGAUGUUGAGGGUACAGUGGUGGAAGUGCCUUUUCUCGCUCGUCAAAUCCCUCCAUCCUAGAGCUGAAUAUAGACAGCA